AUAUAUAGUAAGUAUGCUCAAGUUUUCGAUCUAUAGUCGCUGAAAUUGAAAUAAAGGUUAAUACAAAAAUUAUUGUGUUUAUCUAGGCCUGCUGAGAAAAUACUGCACGGAUGUAAGCAAUGGGUUCUCAGUUUGAAAGCAUGUCUGGAUCCGUAUGGCGCCACCACGUUUUCACUCAUUUUUACGAAAAGGGAUAUUUGAGGUAAAUUAGAUACUAUCGAAUGAACAACAGAAACUUUUCCGCAUGUCUUUUGAUUUUCCAAGCUAUUUAUUUUAACAACAAUGCACGAAGUUGAUAAGAAAAGUACAUGUACAUUGCGUUGUGUGUGCUGCAUGCAUGAUUAUUUACACCGCUAGCUAGCUGUGAGGGGUUUUGUACUGGGAGAACUACAAAUUGCUAUCUUGAGGUGAGACUAUGUUACUAAUAAAUGCACAAAAUUACCUUUUGGUAAGAAUUUUUUUGUUUCAAAAAGAGAAAGAAAGCCUGAAUUCCAUAUAAUUGUUCUAACGCUGUUAUACGCACCCCGUCGCAACGUAGUCUCCUACUCAAGAUUGCCGCGGUUGCUUUUUCUAGUUUACUUUGUUGGAAGUAAACGUAAACAUAUCGAUAGAGGGCGUCCUAAUACAAAAUAAUGGUUGUAUGUGUCUGACGUGUACGCUGCUUGCUAGCUGCUGGUUUCGAGAAUGAAAUACAUGCUGUGAAAUGGUUUAAAAUAGUCAAAAGGAGCCCACGAAUGACAAGAUGAUUGCCGACUUGAUCCUGUUCGGGACACUGAUGGUAAAUGCAGGUGCCGUCCUGAAUUUCAAUUUUAAGAAAAAGACAAGUGAGACAGAAGGUUUCGGAGAAAAAGACAUUUCGGAACCAACAACAGGUGACCAGAUCCGACAAUUCCUCCAGAAUUUAAAAUUCUUCCGAAUCUUCAUUGGGCUGUGGAACAUCUGUGUCAUGUUUAUGAUGCUUGUAUUGUUUGGUUCGUAGCAAGUGACUUGAAAGCAACAGUGUAUUCCUUCAAGAUGGACUUUGAAGAGAGACUGAGUUAACAAAGUGCAAGACGGUCAUUGUAAAUAUUAAGGACUACUUCAUGGUGUUGCCUUCACCUCAGGCUGUGAAUCUUGACAUCACACGUUUACCAAAUAACUGUCUGGGUAAUUAAUUAAUUUAUAUCGUGGCUUCUUAUAUAGCCCAUAUCCGUUUCUCUUUAAGUGGUAACUUGUGAUCAAGCGAGAACUUCAAAUGUAAGUGUUUCAUUUUGACUAAGUCAUUUUACCAGACAUUUUUCAAAUCUAACUCACAAUUGGAUUAUUGGGUAUGUGGUCUACCCACUUUGCACAUUCUAAAUUAUGGUAAUUUAUAAAAAAGAAAUUCAGUCAAAGAGCAACUGUUCCCCUCUCAUUCUUCUUAGAUCUUGUUACAUGUUUAACUGUCUGCAGAUUAGGGUAACCGUGUACAAAUAAGAUUAGUAAGAUUUAAAAAAAUACUUUGCAUGACCACAGGCAUCUGUUACAUGUUCAAUAAAAUCUGCAUAAUUGCUUGUAAACAUUAGUCAAUCAAAUUGAUAGAGCGGAUGGUGCAAUCAAAUUGAUAGAGCGGAUGGUGCAGAUUAGGGUAACCGUGUACAAAUAAGAUUAGUAAGAUUUUAAAAAAUACUUUGCAUGACCACAGGCAUCUGUUACAUGUUCAAUAAAAUCUGCAUAAUUGCUUGUAAA